AUGAGUCCACAGUCAGCCAUUCGAUUCAAUGACCCUCCAGUGACCGACUACAAUUCAAUGGAUGUGGAUGAGUCCACUGUGUCCCAGGCAUCACUAGAUGAUCUAUACCUAGGGCUGGAUGAUGACAUAGAAUAUGAUUCUCUGUCAUCCAGAUCACCAGAUGUCUUGGCUGCAAUACCCAGUUUUCUCAUCAAUCCAGACUUGUACCUUGGGCCUGAGGAUGAUAUCAUUGAUGUGGAUGAGUUGCCAGAUUCUGCUGAUCCUAAGAUUGAUGUUCCAGCUGCAUCAGAAGUGUCUAUGUCAUUGGAUGACACCUCUAACAAACUUCAGUCAGAGCAGCCGGAGCUCACUAACAAAGAUUUAUGUUUAAUGGCCUGGGAGUUCCAACCAUUUGGGUCAUAUGAAUACACUGGGUGUGAGUAUCUGACCAAGCAGAUCAUUUAUCUCUGUGCUAAUUUUUCUGCAAGUGCAAUUCAUUCAAGAUUGACUUGGUGA